CUCAGGGGUUGAUUUGGUACCGAACAUCCAAUUUUAAAUCGCCAUUUAUUUGAAACUACUUACUCUGGAAUUGAACUGGAUCACCGUCACGAUGAGGCUAUCCCUUUUCAUCGCCGGUGCUUUUGUAUCCACCGCUGUCGGCAUCUCACCGGAAUUCCAGAACGUGCUUCAAAAUACGCAUAAAAGCAACGAAUAUGGAUAUCCGACGGACUUUACGAGGGGGAUAAUGCCCAUCCCGGUUCAUUCGCACAAUGAUUAUUGGAGAGAUAUUCCCUUUUAUACUGGUCUUUCAGAGGGAUGUAUAUCUACUGAAGCAGAUGUCUGGCUUUACAAUGGCACCCUUUUUGUUGGCCAUGACGAGUCAUCUUUGACAAGCACGCGCACUCUGGAGUCACUCUACAUCAAUCCAAUACUGGACGUCCUCAGACGUCAGAAUCCCGAGAGUCGGUUCGUGUCUGAGGCUACAAAGCACGGCGUCUUCGACACUGUCAGAGAUCAGACCCUUUACUUCUUCAUUGACGUGAAGACUGCCGGCCCCGAGACAUUCGACGCCGUCAUCUCAGCACUGAAACCACUCCGUGAGGAGGGCUACCUCACAUUCUUGAAGGACAACAGGACCAUGAACUACGGACCCGUCACCGUCAUCGGUACGGGAAACACACCCCUCAAAAAGGUGGCCUCUACCGCAAACCGAGACUACUUCUAUGACGCACCAUUGGAUGCUUUGAAUGACCCGGAGUACAAAGGAAUCACUUCCCAAAUCUCUCCCAUUGCAUCUACCAGCUUCAAGGACGCUGUCGGGGUUGUCACUUCUGACACAGAUCCUAUCUUGAAUGAUGAGCAGACGAAGGCGAUUCGCUCGCAGAUUACUAUUGCGAAGGAGAGGGGAAUUGGAGCUAGCAUGACCGAUGCUGAUCUGGGGGAGCUCUUGGCUCAGGUGCUCCCCGCCGGAAUCAAAAUCACUGUCCGACAUGUCUCGUCCACCCCGACCCCAUGCUCCGCGCUCUUUGCAGCACCCCCCGGCGAAGAACCAGAAGCCACUUUCUGCGCGAACCAUUUCCUGUCCGUCUCUGUCAACAAGGAUGAUCACAAUGACAGCAACGGUAAAGGGUCUGAGAUCAUCGUGUUCGGAAUGGAAGUGCUGGUCUACAGUACCGCGCACUUGACGACCAUCUUUGUCUCCAAAGCUGACUCUACGGGCCAUUUGAAUCUACUCCAGCCUAUGUCCAAGGUUUCACUACUACGAUUGAUUUCGAAUACGUUCCUGUCCUUCCUCCUGCGUACCCAUCAACAACCGGGCGUCCGACUCGUACUAUCCCUGUUCGCGCGCGCGCAAAACCAAUACCUCUUCCCCGGAAGCAUUCAUAACCCAGGAAAGCACGUCCUCGAUGAUCGUGGAUUGAUAAAAUGGUGGUGUCGCGUGGCGGAUCUGAUCCUACGAGAGUAUGAGCCGGAGUCUGGCGGUUACGAGAAAGGGCUUCUGGACCGAACAAUGGAAUCCGCAAAGAGCUCAGCUACGGCGUUCCUGAUCGUCCCGGGUUGCGACAAGUUCGAAACACGAGGAUUCUUCCCGCCCGCGGCUAAAAAGGAUGACAAGGAGCGACCUCGAUGGGUCAGCAGUUAUCCUGUCUGUCAAUUAUGCGACAACCCUGAAGCUCCUCCGCGUUGCUUGAUUCCCCGAUUGCCGGACGAUCCAAAGACACGGUUCUUGAUAGACCUGGACGAUGAGUUGCCUGAAUUGAAGGAGCCCGAAGAACAGAGCAAGAGACCCCCAGGUCAGUGGCGGAGUAUUCGGUCAUUGGAUCAGUUCUGGGAGAUGAUGUCUUUUCGACAGGAGUGUUCGGCUGGGCGAUUGGUUGGGUUCUUGUGGCUUGUGGUUAAUCCGCCGGGGCUGGAGAAUUCGGUGCAGAUGACGAGCUCUAGGGUAGUGACUGGAGGCACUGGCAAAGAAGUUACUGAAUUCACGGCUUUUCAAAGCGCACCGACAGAGGAAGAAUCGAAGACUUCACCGUCGAAGGAUGCUCUGAAUGAUGACAAGACUCAGGCACUAUUGCCGCAGCUACAAGAGACCCAGAAGCAAACUACUGAACAACCACCAUUCCACUGGCCAGAAGGCGGACGAGGAGACGCAGUUCUCAGCGAGGCUGAUUACAAGGCCGCUGUUGACUUCCUCCUUACUCAAGACUUUGACAACGAAGAGCUUUCCAUUGCCAGUACCAAGGAAUGGACCGAAGAGCUCGCAUCCAUAACGGACCAGCUUUGGAUGGGCAAGCAUGUCGAGGGCAGGAACACUAGCACCGGACAGCCUACAUCGCAAACCUCUCAGACAACCAAUCUCAUGAGCAGUGGUCUGGUCCGGAAGCGGACGAAGGAAGACCAAGGCCAAGACACAGCGAAGGUUGGUGAUGGUGCUGCGGCUACUUCGGAGCCUGCCCAGUCCUCGUUGGGUGUCAAUGUGCUUGGGACGAACUUGAUCCGGAAGAAGAAGAAGACGUAGAGUGUGUACGAGUAGCAGGUGGGAAACGGAUAUUUGCAUGGGACAGGGAUUCGGAGUUCUCUUGGGAAGCUAUUAAAGCUGGGCAUUGUGUUAAGUACCAAUUAUCAUGUAGUAUGUAAUCAUGUAUUAUUAGCUUUUGUUCUCAGUUGUUCAAUUAAUGCCAAAUAAUGUAACCAUUGUUAUUGCUGAGGCUGUGAGGCUCCG